AUGGAUGGCAGGAAAUAUGGUCCAAUAAGAGCGCUUUUUGAUACAGGUGCACAGCCCAAUCUGGUUAGCUAUCAGCUUGCCCAGAGAUUGGCUUUACCAAAAGAGCAAAUAGCAAGAAGAAUGGUUGGUGUUGAAGGCGAGCCCUUCAAUAUCAAACACAAAACCACACUCUUAGUGAGUCCAUGGUUCAAUUCGCAGGUUUCAGUAAAGCAGGACUUUUUGGUGCUACCAAAAGAAAGCAAAUGGCAGCCAAUUGUGCCUACACACAAUUUGCAACAGCCAGAGAAAGACAUAGCAGGGCCAAUAUUGGCAGAUCCAUAUUAUUGGAAAGCAGGGCCGGUAGAUUUAUUACUGGGGUGCAGGUUCGUAGCAGAAACAUUAGUUUCUGUUGCAGGGCGUCAGCCAAGCAGGAUAUUAGAGAUGGAAACUAUAUUUGGCAGGGUCAUACUCGGAGAGUAUGAGAGCAAAACACAUAGCAGGGUACAAGAGCAGGUGUCGCAGGUCGUGUGCAUGGACAAUAAUCAACUUCAUGAAUCGCUUAAGCGUUUAUGGCAGUUGGAUGACAUUGAGAUGUCAUCGAGCAGAUCACAGGAGCAGGAGCAAGUAGAGCAAAAUUUCAUCAAAACGUUUUCACGUGAUGACUCUGGCAGAUUUGUCGUGACAAUUCCCCUAAAGGAAUCAGUGAAGGAAAUGGGCAGUUCAGAGCUUACAGCAAAGAGAAGAUUUUUCGCUUUAGAGAAAAGAUUAGCAGGAGAUUCUGAAUUGAAACAUAUGUAUAUACAAUUCAUGAGAGAGUAUGAGAGAGCAGGACACAUGGUACCAGUAACUGGCAGAGCGCAGGGUAGCACAGUAUACCACAUACCACAUCAUUGCGUCACUAAGAAAUUUAGAGUUGUAUUUGAUGCAAGCUGCAGGACAAAUAGAGGCAUUUCAUUGAACGAAGUGCAGAUGUUGGGCGAGAAGUUACAGAAGGAUCUGCACGAAAUUUUAAUGCGAUUCCGUAGGCAUCGAAUUGCCAUCAGUGCGGACAUUAAAAUGAUGUUCAGAAUGGUGAAGGUUGUGCAGGAGCAAUGGGAUUUGCAGCGUAUAUUUUGGCGAGAGAAUCAGCAGGACGAUUUGAGAGAAUACUGGUUGACAGUCGUCACCUAUGGUAUGACAUCAUCAGCUUACAAUGCUGUGCGAGCAUUAAUGCAAUGUGCGAGGGAAGCGGAGCCGGAAUUUCCAAAUGCUGCUAAAGCAAUUAUGGAAGAUUUUUAUAUGGAUGACUGCACCACUGGUGCUGAUUCCGAAGAGCAGGCGAUCGAAUUAUCGAAAGAUAUAGAUCAUGUUUUGAGAGGAGCAGGGUUUGAGCUUAGAAAAUGGAAAUCAAAUUCCAGGGCUCUGGUGAAGGAUAUGAAUUAUGAAGAGCAGGAGUCAAUCUUAUUUGAAGAUGACGAGAAGGCAUCAAUUUUAGGCCUUAAGUGGCUACUUGAGAAGGACUAA